GAAGUCCCGCCCCGGAGCCGCCCCAGCACGCCAGGCUCCGCCCCGUCGCAGCCGCUGUCCGCACGCCGGUGCUGAUCCACGUAGAGGCCGCUCGUCGUCCCGGUGCGCUUCCGCGGCCGGAGCGAAGAUAGAAGCACCGAAAGCUCGCAGCCUGGUAGCAGGGCCAGGGCGGCGCCGAGUCCGGCCGAGUCCGGCCCGCGAUGCCUCUCGAAGCCGGCACACUCGCCGCCUCCGUGAAGCAGCCAGGCCCCGGGGCCGCCGAGCUCUGAGGCCGCGCUCGUGCCAUGGCCACAAGGGGAGGAGGACCGGGCCCCGGCUUCCGGCACCGCGCGCUCCGCGGGCUGCUGCUGCUCUGCCUCUGGCUGCCCGGCAGCCGGCCCGGGGAGCCCGCCGCUCCGUCGUCCGGAGUGGAUAGGCUGCUUCAGGACUUUCGCCGGCAGCUACAGCGGGCACGGCCUCGCGAGGAGCUAGAGCCGGAGCUACUGGGCGGCCCGCGGGAGGAUUGCCCGGGUGCGGGCGGUACGGCGGUCUACCGGGCGGUGCCCGAUACCAUCAUCCGCACCCAGGAUUCCAUCGCGGCGGGAGCCAGCUUCCUGCGCGCACCCGGGAGCGUGCGGGGUUGGCGGCAGUGCGUGACGGCCUGCUGCUCCGAGCCGAGCUGCUCGGUGGCAGUGGUGCAGCUGCCCCGGGGGCCCAGCGUGCCCGCACCUAUGCCCGCACCCCGCUGCUACCUGUUCAACUGCACGGCGCGCGGCCGCAGCGUCUGCAAGUUCGCGCCACUCCGCGGGUACCGCACUUACACCCUCAGUCGCGCCGAGGACGCCGCUGGGAUCCCUCCCCGGCCAGAUGAGGACAAGCCUCCCGUUAGCAAGGCUGGGAAGGAUGUGGUUUUACAUCUGCCCACAGACGGGGUAGUUCUAGAUGGUCGAGAAAGCUCGGACGACCACGCCAUUGUCCUUUAUGAGUGGACGCUGCAGCAGGGUGACCCAUCGUCAGUGGACAUGAAGCUGUUUGUAUGGCAGGUGCCUCAGCCAGGAACCCUGAGGCUGUCCCGCCUGAAGGAAGGAGCUUACAUCUUCCAGCUGACUGUGACUGACUCCGUGGGUCAGAGAAGCUCCGAUAACGUCUCUGUCACUGUGCUUCCCAGGCCCUACUCCACGGGAGACAGCAAUUCCUCAGGAAAGAACCAAGAAGAAGGAAAUUAUGAUCUCAAGUCCAAGAGUGGCCAAGCAGGAGGGGAGCACCCGGCCCCGGAAGCAGGUGCGGUGCUACCUCUGGCAUUAGGUCUGGCCAUCACUGUUUUGUUGCUUCUCAUGGUGACAUGCCGACUCCGACUGGUGAAGCAGAAACUCAAGAAAGCCCGGCCCAUUACAUCUGAGGAAUCGGACUACCUCAUCAAUGGGAUGUAUCUGUAACAACGCUAUUUAAGCAGCUCGGGGCAAGGAUGGCUAUCACUCACAAUCUGUUCUUUGGGUUCUAUCAUUAAGAUGUUUUGUUUUAAACUGUGCUAGAAGACAGUGCAAACACAAGCCUUGACUUAUCAUGAAAUAAUUUCCCUGGGAUGUACAAUGUCUUCAAAGGUAGAGAGGAAUUCAUAAGACUGAAGCUUGUUUGCUGAGACAGAAAGUCAGCAUGUGACAAGGUGACAGAUGGAAGUCCUGCCUUUUAUUUGUGAGGUGCCAACUGCUGGCCCCUAUCAGCUUUCUUAUCUUCUGGCUCUCUUCUCUCCACUGAGUUCUCAUGAGCUACACUUUCUUUUCCUCUGCUAAAUACCUCUGAAAAAGGAUCUUAAGUGAAUUUACCCUCAGUGAGAUGUUACCAAUGGCAGGUCUGUCUGGAUGUUAUAAGCAUGCUGAUUAGAUCAGUGAUGUCCCACAGGGGAGGAAUAUAGGUUCUCCACCCAGCCCCACCCUAUGCUUCUGACCAGGCCAAGGUGGUAGCUGCCACACCUGGCUGACCUUAGAAGAAUCCCUUUUGGCUAGGGGCAACUGUAGGUGGUUAUGAAAUGAGAACAAGCUGGCAGCAGAGGAGAGGGACCUGGCAGGCAAAAGCAAAUAGAACCCCAGCCGUGGGAUUCGUAAGGACAAUCUACUCAAUGCUGCUUCAUGGAAUGGAGCGGUGUGGCUGCUUUACAUGUGCACUGGUUUUCAACAUGAGCCUUUCUGAUGAAAAAACGUGCGAAUUAUCAAUCCAAAAGGUGAUGUCUGGGUGUUUGUAAACAUGUUGCCAUGUCCAGGUAUCACAGGCUUUUCAAUGGAAUGGGUCCUGAUGCUUCCCUUCGUGUGUCUUGCAGGGCUGGAGGUGGGACCCAGGAGCCUGGUUGGGCUAGAUAAGUGCUCUACCACUGAUCUACACCCCAGCCCUCACUGUUCUUUAUGUUAUUAAAAUGUUAUAAUGUACAAUCAGCUAAUGUCAGGAUGUAUUUCCAGAGCAGAAAGCACUUUUGCACAAGUUCCCCUUUGCAGGAAACUGGCAUCCAGCUUAACACCUUUAAGUUUGUAGACAGUAAAGGCAGACCUUCCCAUCACCACUUAGUGCCAGGUUGUAUACUCUAGAGGCUACUCUGAGGGGACUGCAGUGUGGUGCCUGUUUAUAAUCAUGAUGUUCCUAGUUCUUUACCCUGAGUGGCAAACGUUACAAAACACUAAAAACCACUGUAGUCUCAUUAGUUUAGACUCAAUAUAAAGUAGGUGGUUCCUUUAACAAGGGGUUUGAUUUUGGUGAGGGAAUAUAACCUAUUGAAAUGUAUUAAUCAAAGGGUAGUUCUAGAAAAACAAAUGUUUGCUUUUGUCUCUUGAGACUCUAACUCCAGCCUCUUACUGACUAUUUAGAGCUAAUCAAUGGUGUAAAUGUUACAGUAGCAGUCUGAGAGAUGAAUGUUGAGUGAACUUACCUACACUCUGUGAUGCUGUGCGGCUCAUUUUCAUAGAGGUCACCUAUAGCCAUACCCAGUAAAUAGAAACUGAUAAGGCAUGUUUCUUUCUGCACAUCUUUUAUAUACAAAGAAGUUAUCUACAAUCUAGUAUUGCUAUUGUUUUGAAGUACUUGAGAAAAGAUGCCUUGUAUGUACCAGUCCUUUAAUAAACUAUUUUAUUCUUAUGCCUUUAAAAAAAA